CUUGAAACAAAUCCAUUACUUUUGCGAAUUCAUCGAUCGCAAUCAUGGCGGACACGGAUACGCGACGCGACUAUCGAGAUGGGGGAGGCCGCGAUCGCGGAUACGGCGGCGGUGGAGGUGGCCGCGGCUACAACAAACGCAAGCGCAGAGAUGAUGAUGACUACGAUCAGGGCUUCCGCAACCAGCGACAACGCCAGGAGCCGCCACCGGGCACGAGAAUUAGGAAGGGUCUGCUCGAGAUUGGCGAGGACCUGUUGCGUCUGCCGCAUGAGGUGGCUGCGAACGUAGCCAAGCUGGCUGCAGACAACUACGAGGACGAUUAUGUCAAGGAUACAUUCCGGGUCGCUUCGCUCAAGCUGGUCUUGGAGCAGCCUUUUAAGAUCCCAUUCAUUGCCGCUGUUGUGCUCUAUGCGAAUGCGGAAAAGUCAGAAAUGACAGAAGAUGUGAUCAAGCAUGUCGCACAAGAGCUGCAAGCUGCGAUGGAUGCUGGAAAACUCAAGGAAGUGAAGCUUCUGCUGCGCUUCCUGGCCUGCCUCGGACCUCUCUUCGAACAGGAUGGAAUUGUGCCAAUCUUGGAUGAGCUUUUCGACAAGGCGGCCGAUUUGCAAACCGCUUCGACUGAGGAUGCAGUCGGUAUCGAACUCUGCAAGAUCAUCUUGCUCACGAUCCCGUAUCUUAUUGCAUCCUCCACGGACGCCUCAUCUUUGGCGCAGAAGGUCGGAGAAUUGCUCGAGAAGACCGAGAUCAUUGCAUCCACUUCGCAUGCUUUGGAGGCGCUCGUCGACCCAUAUCCUCAACAAGAUGGUCAAGAGAAGGCUAUGGCGUGCCAAAGUGUGGUCUCGCUCUUGCAAGCGCAACUUAACGAGGAGGCGAACAAUGGCUGGAAGCUAUUCUGCAUACCGCGAGUCUACGAUCCGAGUUACAAGCCGGCAGCUGUGAAGACCGAGAACGGCGACGGCGAGGGUGAAGGCGAAGGCGAAACGAAUGGCGUCGAGGAAGCCAAAGAACCAGCAAAGCACACCUUCCCGUCAAUCACAGUACCGUCAACGAUCAGUGCGGGAACUAAGAUCUUGCUGCCAGAGGUCUACUUCUCCUUAUUCGCGGACCAGGAGAUCGAGUCGGUACCGCCGACCAACAACAUCGCGGCGUCUCUCUUGCGUGAUGCGACUACCGACACGAUCAACAUUCUGGACUUCAAUCGAAACGCCGUGGCGAAGUUUCUUAAUGAGAUUGAUUGCUAUUGGGCGAAAGACACAUUUGUCAAGCGUUCGACCACGUUUGACAAGCUACGCGAUCUGCCAGAAGGCAGACCAACGUGGAAGCCAGAGGACGUCACGAUCGAUGCCAUUUUCUCCCAGAUUUUCCAAUUACCCACACCGGAACACCGACUUGUGUAUUAUCACUCACUGAUUACCGAGUCUUGCAAGAUCUCGCCCGGCGCGAUAGCUCCGAGUCUGGGGCGAGCGAUCCGCUUCCUGUUCCGCAGCAUCGAUCAGAUGGAUAUGGAGUUGUCUUAUCGAUUCAUGGAUUGGUUUGCUCAUCAUCUCAGCAAUUUCGAGUUUCGAUGGAAGUGGACCGAGUGGAUACCUGACGUCGAGCUACCUAACCUCGAGCCGAAGAAGGCAUUCAUCAACGGAGUCUUGGAUAAGGAGAUCCGAUUAUCAUUCGCAAAGCGUAUUCGAGCAACCCUCCCGGAGCCUUACCACAAGCUCAUUCCGGCCAGCAAGGAGAAAGAUAUUCCCGACUUCAAAUUUGCCAACGAGCAGACCCCAUAUGCGAAGGAGGGCCAGGAAGUCCUGGCGCUAUUGAAGAAGAAGGCGCCUGAGGACGAGAUCCAGAAAGUCCUCGAUUCUGUUCACGAACAGGCAGCUGCUCGUGGAGUGGCAGAUCCUCUUGUCGCAUCCACGGACAUCUACAUGACCUCCAUCCUCAGUAUCGGAUCCAAGUCACUGUCGCACGUGCUGUCGACCAUUGAUCGCUGCAAAGAGCGUCUCCUAAACAUCGGACAAUCGUCUGAGUCGGCGCGGAGACAGGUCAUCGCUUCUGUAGUUGACUUCUGGUCGGAUCACCCAGGCACUGCAGUCAACAUCGUUGACAAGCUGCUCAACUACACCAUCAUCACGCCGAUGAGUGUAAUCUCCUGGGCGCUUGUGGACAAUAUGGAUCGCGGACGGGCACUGGCUAGUAGCCAGGUCUACGAAAUGGUGAGCAUCACCAUGUUCAAGGUCACGAACCGCGUGAGACAAGUCCUCGGUGAGCGCAACAAUCUCAACUUGGACUACUCGAGCCGAAAGCAGAUCGAUGAGGCGCUGCCGAAUGAGCGACAAGCUAUGCGCGAUCUGUUCGCCGCCAUCGAGGACGCUGUCUCAGCAGUAGCGAACGGUGCUCAGGAUGAGAUGAUUGAGCGCUAUGAUGGAGAUAACAACGAGCAACAGCUUAUUCAGCUCUGGGGUCAGCGCUGGGCCAGAGUUUGGAGACGCAAGGCUGCCGUCGAGGAAGCUAUCGUCGGCGAGGCAGUCAUUGGCCCGCUUGAGGAGCCUGCUGUCGUCGAGCAGCCUGACGUUAUGGAGGACUUUGAUCAGGUAUCUUAGCAAGAUCGUGACGAAGUCCUCUAGUCGUCUGUCCCUCACGGGUCCUGCGCUAGCGAUGAGGCAAUAUGUCUGAAAUGGAUCACGAUGUGCCAUCGAUGAAGGUCGUCACGAACCGGCCACGAAGUAAAGCGCAGGUCUUGCAUAGCAACCACGUUGCUUUCCUUGCGAAUACUGCGGCUACGCAGCUGCAGACUUGCACACAUAUGCUACACGCUUCAAUGCACUUGUCGAAAUGUUAUGCAUCAUAGAAAAGCUGCCACGAAAAACCAGCGUCGCAAAACAGAUGAAUUGGAAAGAUACGUUGCUUGUCCACUCCAGAGCAUCCCAUCCCAUCCCAUCCCAUC